AUGUCAACUUUUAUCACUGCCCUGCCUAAAUCAGCCCAACCUCCUCUGCUUCUUAAGCAGAAAUCCACGACAAGUCUAAAAGAAAUGAGAAUCUCUCUAGAUACUUUAAUUACUAAAUGCAAAACCCUUGAAAAAUUGACCCAUAGAGAGAGACUAGACGCAGCAUCUUCAAAUUAUAUAAAUUCAAAAAGAUCCAAUGAUUUAUUACACAUUUCUGAUGAAUUUGCUAACUUUUUAAUUCAUGAUGAAGAAUACAUUAAAGGGAAAAACAGGCUAAACCAGCAUUCAUCUGACUCUCCAGUCCGUGAGUGAGAAAAAACAUUGGGAAAAUCUCGACUUUUUGCCCAAAACCUACCCUCCGCAAAAAAUUUUGAUAUAUAAGUAAUAAUUAGUAUAAUGAAAUCUAGCUAAUCUGUUUAAUUUUAAACAAAUUGCAUUUUAAAUUAUAAAUUUUUACAAAUUAAAUAAAUAUUUGCUUUCCAAUUUUUGCGAAUUGGCAUUUUUUUAAAUAUCGAAAAAAAAAUUAGCACCCUUCUCUGAGCGAAAAUAUUUUUGUUCGUUCACUGAAGGGGGAGUGAGCGAAAACUAAAAGAAUUUUCUGAUCAAAUUAAAGCUUUAUCUGCAAGAUAUGUAAAUAAAAAAAAUCAACAAUCAGAAAAAUCAUUUUGAUCUUUUGAAAAAUUAGAGCCGCUUUCACAGAUUUUAACUACUUAUAGAAGAGAUUUUGGAAGUCCUAUUAUAACCCCAAUUAAAAAAAAUAAUGUUUUGCUUUCGAUGAAUGAAAUGAGCACCAAAAGUGAUAAAUCACUGGAUAAGAAAUAUAAAAUUCAUAUAAGGAACAAACUAAAGCUAAACAUAUCAAAAACAAUAAAGCCUAAAAUUAAAGAGAAUAAAAACAGUAUUAAUAGUCAAGAACAAGCCGCGAAAACUAAAGUUCCUGUGCCAAUAAUUCAGAAAAUCAAAUCCAUGGAGGUAAAUGAAUCUUUUGAGAAGGAUUUUUUUGCAAAUAGAGGAGAUAUUGAAAGCAAGAUUAAGAUUGAGAAAUUAAUCUCAACAAAUGUGCGAAAAGAAAGAAAAACUGCUCAGAUGAUUAGAUCUGGGAAACUUUUAUAA